AUGUCUUUACCAGUGAGUUCAACCUCCAGUCCACAACCAAAAUCCACAUCCUCUUCUCUCCCGAUCCAAGAUGAACUCAUUGUGAGCUGUUUUGCAAGGGUUCCAAGAUGUGACUACCCUUCACUAUCUCUCGUCUCCAAACCUUUCAAUCGUCUCAUUGCUUCCCCCAAGAUAAAUCUAGUACGUUCACUCUCUCAAUCCACUGAAAACGUUGUUUACGUUGCCUUGGGAAAUGAUUUUGGAAUGAACCAUGUUUGGUAUACUAUGAAUCAUAGACCUCACAGAGAAGGAUCCAACCUUCGUAACCAUAAGUUGGUUCCACUUCCCUCUUUCCCUUCUCUUCCUUGUUGGGGAGCUUCUGUUAUUGUUGUAGGCAACGAGAUCUAUGUUUUCGGUGGAUACAUCAACAAUGAGCGCACCUCUAACGUGUUGGUUAUCGACUCCCGAUUUGGAACGUCUCGUUUUCUUCCUAGCAUGCGUGUGGCACGUGGCUACGCUACGUUGGGUGUUGUAGAUGGGAAGAUUCACUACAGGAAAAAAAGGUAUUCUUAG